CCAUCUUCCGGUGUCCACAGUUAGCAGCAAUGGCUCGCCUGCUACCGCUUAAUGUUGCUGUUGUUUCCAUUGUUUUGUUAUUUAUAUGCGCAAAUUUAGUAUCAUGUAAUAACGGCCGAAGGGUCGGUGAUCCGUUGGAGGCCGAACUCAGUGGAUUCUCUGUGCCGCUUGAACACUCGUUUGAACUCGAUGAUGUUGCAAAGUUUCAGUCGCGUGGAUCCUUGCUGCUGAAAACGGGUCGGGAGCCAAGCGUCUCUCUAACUCAGAACCAGCUGUCAGAAGACGACCGCUCCAAGCUGAAGGAAGUGGCUGCAGUUGACGGCCUGUACAGAAUCCGAGUGCCUCGGGUUUCCCUGCAGGCGGACAGACAGACGGAGUGGCAGAUGGACGGUUACCUCACAGCGUUCGUCAGAGCCUGUGCGAUGGUCGAGUCCCACCUGAGCGACGUGAUCACGCUCCACACCGACGUGUCGGGAUACCUGAUCGGCGUCUCCAUAGUAACCUUACCUGGAGCCUGCAGAGGCGCCGAGGUCGAGGAUGAAGUCGACCUGGAGGUUUACAACACAACUCUGAGCAUCAUGGCUCCUGUAAACGCUCCAGGACCGGAGACGGCUCUGUUCCUGGAACGGAUGGAACAAGAAUCUGAGAAGAAAGGAAAGAAUCCACAAGAGCAGAAAUCGUUCUUCGCCAAAUACCUUCUGCAGAGACGGAGGAAGCAUGAAGCUCAUCGGCUGCUUUUGGCUAAAACAACAGGAUGCUUUCUGUUUUUCCAGCCUGUCUUGUUAAUUGGUAUUUGAUUCUGGGAGGUGCCAUCUUCCUCAUGCUCACCAAUUCCGCACAGCCCCCAGCAGGGGGCGGCAG